AUGGGCACCAACAAUGCUCUUCUCGCUUCGGUUGGUUGGAUUCACUUUGGUAACAUCCGGCAGGACGAGGUGACGAAGGGCUACGACUACUACGGCUGGACGUCGAACACUGCUGCGCGCACUGAGAGCGUUGGUAACGGCGGGCAGGUGCUGCUGACGGGUGCGGCGUACCUGGCGCUGAGCACGGCUGAGCGUGAGCAGCUGGACGUGACUGCGCUUGGCGGUGUGGCUCUGUGCGGUGUGCCUGUGCCUGUGGCGAUGUACCAGCUGAACGCUGUGCCCGGGCGCACCUUCGCCGCACUGCGGCUCGACCGGCAGGAUGUGGACGCUUGUGAUGAGGUGGAUGAUGGUGCGUCGAGCAGUGAUCAUGAUUCAAUUAACAGUAAGUUCAAUGAUCAUGCGAAGUGGAUCAUGUCGGUGUUAAUGACUGUGUUUGGUGCCUUCACCCCACAGCAACAGUUGAAUGAGGUUCUUCUGUGCUGUGAGCGGUGGAGUAUUCAAGUCCCGCCGAAAGCACCCAGUAUGCCUGAUGACCUGUACUGCAGUAGAUUGGUGAGUUUCCUUGCGCAGAGGCUUGAGAAGGUAAUGCAGCGCCAGGGUCUUUUGGAGAGGCAAAUGUCGUUGACGUCGACGGUGAGCAACUCCGGGGGCCGUUCCCUGCUUCAUUGUUUCUUUGCGUCGAGUUAUGGCGAGAGUUUUCUUCGUUCUGGAGCUACAGUGGGGACGUCUUUCAGAAGACAUUCCGUUGAGCUGCAGUCGGGACCUGCAGAUGUGCAAGACUGCACGACGGGUUCGGUGAGCGCUACUGGCAGUAUUCAACGAGACGAUCCGUUGACGGCUACACCCACCACGCUGAAGUGA